CAAGAGGUCCGUCGAGAGGGUCCUCGUUUCUUGCACCAGGCACACGAGGGUCGAAUCGCAGCAGUGAGAUAAUGACUACUGGAUCUAUUUCGUUGAUUAAGGCUUCCGCUAGUCCAUCUCCAGAAGCAUCUCGAAGCUGUCCCAAAAGGGAAAGACAGAGCCGAGAUGAGUCUCAAGAUGGAUUACGGCUAGUUCUAAAUUGAGAUACGGUGGAGUUGACAACCUGGCGUCUUAUUCCUCAACAAGAGCCGCCACAGCUUCUUCAACCAGGAGCCGCGUUCUUUCUACUACAUCAAUCGAGGAGGACAAGAGAAACAACGGCGCCUUACUUCACAAUAAAAGUACGGAUCUACUGCGUCAACACUGGGAGAGCAAGCGGCAACAGCGGAACAAGAAUCUGCAGGAGGUGUACCGUUUUCGAGAUGAGCGCAUAGAAGUCCUCAGUCCAUCUCCAGCGCACCUGUUGUGGAAGAAGAGCAUGGAAAACACCCUGUGGAAUCGAAUUCAGCAGGUUGAAGAUAUCCCGAAGCGACAGGCGUGGAAGCCUCCUACGAGACACGAACGGCGACUAACGGGGAAGGAGAGGAUGGAAAUCUGGCAGGAGGAAGAACGCCUGAGGCUAGAAUUAAGGCGCAAUAUGAAUAUAUUUCAUUUCUACUACAACAAGUCAAAAUUCUCCCUAUUUCCUUGGGAGAAAUGUAAGGAGGAUUCAUUCCUGGGAUAAAUGGGAUUCAUUGGGAGAAAUGUAAGUACGCAUUCAUUGGGAUAAAUGGGAUUCAUUCUGAGAAAUGUAAGUAGGCAUUCAUUGGUAUAAUAAAUGGGAUUCAUUGGGAGAAAUGUAAGUAGGCACUCAUUGGGAGAAAUGUAAGUAGGCAAGAAAUGAAUUGUUUUGAGCUCUAAUAGAAUGCUGGGAUGCUAUUUGUGAGCGAGACCCCACCCUUUGUGAGGAGGAACGGGACAAUCUAGGUGCUGCUGAAGGAGGUGCUUCUUCUGCAAGAGAAGACGAGGAUCUUCACCACAACAUGGAUACGAGGAUCGAGGAUCCCGAUCCAUCUGUCUCUCUCCGAGACGACGUCGACGCGCAGUGGGCAGCUUCUGUUCUUAAGACAUUCGCCAGAGUCCUCCUACUAAACCACGACUACCCCACUUUCGAAAGCAAUGUAAAUAAUUCUUAUAAAUGGUGGUAGAUUGAUCCUCCACCCCCACCACGACGACCUCUAAUCUUUUUGCCAAGAGGGUUAUAUCUCCUGAGCAAGAUGAUAGUAACAUCGGUUCUCCAGCACAUCCUAGCGGACCCAAACAAGGUUCGAAGAAAAAGAAGGGCACGAAAACGGGAAAGCGCAAGGGAUCCGCAAAAAAGGGAAAUAAGAGAUCCAAAUCUUUGGCGGCACUGGAGCCCGAAGGAGCAGAUAGGCAGUUGAGCAAGGAGAUAGAAGUCGGGAACGUUAAGGCUACCGCUCUAGCAUCUCCUUAGAACACCAUAGAUGUCGUUGGAACUGCUUUUUCGACGUAUGAAAAAGAAGCACCUCCCAAGCCUUGGAUAUAUAUCGAUAUUUUUAUUCUCAAAGUUAGUAAGGGGAAGAUCAUGCUAGCGCCGUCGUAACAAACUCUAAGAACGAGGCGGAUAAUCGCUCUACUUCGCGAGAACAAGGUCUUGUCCAACCGCGAGAAGAAGUUGCACAACGAGAGCGUGAGAGUGAGUCUAUUCCUGGCACGACAGAUCAUGUAGUGCUGGCUGGGGAUACAGCUCUCGAGCAAGACGAGAGUGCUCGUGCCACACAGGGGAUUAAAGAACAAGAUGGUGCAGCUGUAGUUGUCGAGAAAGGCCCUGUGGCUGAUAAACCUGGCGCUCCACCACUUGUCCAAGAAGACGAGGGACAAGUAGAAGAAGAGUCCUCGCAUCCAGUUGUAGAAGUUGCACCCUCAGAGUCGCGGGAUGGGGCCGAUGGCGUAGCAGCUUCUCAAGAGCAGGUGGAAAAAAAUCAUCAACAGGUGGAGAACGACAAAGAAGGGGAAAAAAACAGCACCUCCACCUCCAUGGUCCCAGCACAAGAGCAAGGGAAUAGUCGCACAAAAGCUGAUGAAAAACAGCAGCAGACAUCCUCGACAAUAAUCCAGCUGAAUGAAGCAUCGUUGCUAUCACCGCCUCCAUCGCCUUUGUUAAGGCCACAAACAGUCCAUCUUACCCAGCAUUUUGAUCCUCCCGUUUUUAUACAACAGGGAAUAAUUAGACAGGAACCAAGAUGAGUCCCAAGAUGGAUUUGUGGUGGUUCUAACUUUGGUGCCGGUUCCGUUCGUGUGCUCACCUGUAGGCGGAUUGAAGGUGAUCGGGACCGACGGCCAACAACUGUUACCCACUGAAGAUUAAGGCUCUACUAAGUAUAAUAUAUUUUUGCCCGACUACAUCUACUUCAAAGACUAUACCGGGUUUGUUAGCGUUUUUGUACUUCGAUUCAAUUGAUGUUCUACUCCGAGUAGAAAGAAGUGUUGUGCCACGUUGCAUCUAAUACUCAGAAUAUUUGAGUAGUGUGGUGCCAACGCCAACCGACUGCGAGCAUCGACUCGACCUCAUGGACGAACUCCACAGAAAACGAUUGAGAGCCUCGAUCAUCAAAGAAGAUUCGAAGAGGUACUUGUUGCAUUACAAGAUGAUAGGAUUCGGUACUUGUUGUAUUACAAGAUGAUAGGACUCGGUACUUGUUGCAUUACAAGAUGAUAGGAUUCGUAAUUUACUGAAGAGUUGGACUUGUAUUACAAGAUGAUAGGAUUCGUAAUUUACUGAAGAGUUGGUGGAUCUACACUGUCGACACCGUAGUUGGUCUGGAAUCGACACCGUAGUUGGUCUGGAAUCGAGUAGUUGGUCCACAAUCGAUCCUAAGGACCUUUUUCUACUCUGUGUACUUAUAAUGUGCAUACUGCUUUUUAUACGAUAAUAAUCUUACAUUCUCCCUUUCACCUUCUCCGUUGCCAUCCUAGAGAGGUAGCUGUGCUCUCAAGUCACAUGUUGUUGCCAUCCUAUCGAGGGAGUUGUUCUGCUCUCAUGUACUUAUAACUCCGUGUCCGUGAAGAAGGACUGGAUUAGUUCCUCCCAUUCACCUCGCAUCCAGGGCUGCUUCCUCAGGAUCCGGUGGACAGCGAGGUGGCGUGGGUUCCGAAUUGUCCAAAGUGAGUGAAGAUGUACCACCUGAAAUAGUCGAGCUCGAGCGCCGUCUUGAUUCUGCGUUGCCACUAUCUUCACCUUCACCUCCCCUGCCGCUCUGCGAGUCUCCUGGUGGUGCUGGGGGAACAAUCGGAGCAGUUGUUCCUAUUCAAGUUUCCACUACCAGACGGGAGCCAUCGUCCGAAAAUUAAGGCCGUACGAAAAUUUUGCGCAGCUGCGGACACUUGAUGGAAGUCCUCUAUACAAUUUUACUCCUGAGAAAUACUGACUCUGAACAGUCCUAGGCUCACCUCAUUAUCGAUCUCAUCAUGAUUGGUCGAAGAUCACUAAGGAGGUGCUGGACUUGCGUUAAAUGCAUAUAGUUGAUUUCGAGUCUUUUCAGUGACUGAGCGAAGCCGCAGUGCAUCAUUUUCAACAUUGAUGAUAGCUGCACUGAGAUGACAUCAUUAUAUCACGAUAAAGAUAACAUUAACAUUAUAACACUUCUAAGACCUCCUCGCAUUGUUGCUUCCAGACGGCAAGGUGGAGGGCUCCACUACUGGUUUCCUCUCAGCUUCCUCUUCCUCGACUAGACGACAUAGAUCGAGACAGGAUCACGUGCUGCUCCCUCCAAUUACCAAGUCCAUGGAGCUGGAUCUGGAUUACCAUGGUGGAAACCUCGUCCAUGAAACACUUAAGGCUUGUUCGUCUAAACCUAAAAAAAAAGAGACUAAGUACUUACUACAUCAAAAAAGAGACUACAUCGUGCUAGACUACUACACCCAGAAUGCGUCUCGAGAAGAUGGACUAGGGCGAGCUCUAAAACACAAUCUCGGAGAACGAGUAGGCCAGGGACGACUGGAGAUUCUUUUCCGUAUCGAAGAUCGAGGGACCUCUUCCAGAGUAUGGAGAUGGAAAGCAAGCUAGCGCGAGCGCGAGCUUUUCAACAUACUACGUCCUCUCUUAAGGCUCAAGGCUCAAUAUACUUCUUUGAAGGACGCGGGAGAAGUGGUUGCGAAGGAACCAUCUAGUGACGCGUAUUAGAACUGAUUUCUUUCAAAUAUUAUAAUAGAAUAAUUUUUUAUAGAACGGAUGUAGGAUGGACUUGGAUGGAUCGGAUGGAACCCCCUAAAUCUUCCGAUCCUACUUGAAAUGGUGGGGAGUCCAUCCGAUCCAUCCGAUCCAUCCCAUCCCGGAUCUGCCACCCCUAUGAAUUAUUCUAGUGCCGCGCAUUAGAACUCCUAUAUGUAUUUCAAAUAAAUAGUUAUUAAGACCUUACCAUUACCUUCUUUCAAUCAAACACUUGUGGGGCAAUCAUCUUGUGGCUGGUAGCUCUGAGUUCUAGGCUCUGAGUUCUGAGCUUUUCAUGAUCUGCUGUAAAAAGAAUAGCAGUACUGUAGUCUUCCUCGGUCCACCUUAUCACUGUCACAACCACUUCUCUCCUUUCACAACCACAAUCACUUUUGAGAAACGAAAGGAAAAAUGAAUUAUGUUUUGGGCUCUAACUCUGGUCACGCGCGUGCAAGUCAGGUGUAUGCCAGCGGAAUGUAUGGCGGAGGGACUAAGAAUUUGCGAUUUCCGAUCACCGAAAUUGGAGGCAUCGGCUCCCACGAUAGACUGCGUAGCAAGUAUCGGAUGUAACGGCACCUACUAAAAAGUAUAGUCAUUUGCUUCGAUAUAAGCACCACGAACACUAGAUAGCAUAUUUAGAACGUCGGAAAUGUAACUGUUAUAGACGAGUCUAAGCACGACUAUGGAAGAAAUAUAGUUAACUACAAAUUGAUUCUUGUAAGAACUACUUCGAGAACCAACUAUAAUAACAAGAAUCACGUACAGCAUGUUGAUGGAUCGAUGCGAAGCAACAAGAGAGAUACAAAGUGCAUCAUUGUCGUUCACGAUGCGUGCAUUUGCACAGCCAGCCACACACAGUAGACACACAUGAUUUAUUGAUUACAUGAUCAUGAUACUCAUACUCCGUCCUUCUUAGAAUCUAUUAGAGAUAUACAUAGCAUGAGCAUGGCUCUUCAUCAAAUUAUGAUUAGCAAAUUCACUUGUAAUUAUGACUAGCAAACUGACAUGUGUCCGUAUUGAGAAAGUUCAAGUAUUGAUUUAGGAAAACUCAAAGAUGAACGCUGUUCUUACACACGUAGAUAAGUUUCCAUAUUUCUUGUAGUAGAAAUGCCGAUCUUUCUGAAGGAAACGCAUUGAUAUCUAUCCUUGUAUUAAGGCUCAGCUUUCAAUGGUCAUUGGGGUUGGUCACUGAGAUCGAAGAAGCGACCCCUUUGGAGAACAGGGGAAAAGGAAGGGAAAGGAGAGACCUCUGAAGGGGGUCUCUUCCGUUCAGCAUCAGUGACCAUUGAAUGCUGAGGCUUUAAUUGUAGUUCGCACAAGUUGUUCGUUGUUGUAGAGUUGUACUAGAAACAAAGUAGACCACACAUUCUUCUUCGUACUCAAACUCACUUUGGAAUUCACAUAACUUAGUAGAGAGACCUAUGUACAUCGUCCUCGUCCUAAUAGUAAUAUGAAAAGAAAAAAUGGACUAAGAUCAUGAUGAUUCAUUAUGUUCAUGACUCACUCACAUUUAGAACCCUCGCUCUGUUAGAGUAGCCUCUUACGGGUCUCCGGUGCUGCUCCAGUGGAAAAGAAGCCAGAGAUGUUAUGAGGAAUGUAGUCCCGUAACCUCCUCGGGUACAAUAUUACAACACUAAGAUUACCGUACUGUAUAGGAAGAUGCUUGUUUGUUAGUGAUGAAGCUGAGCGUACUGUAU